AGAGAACAGCUUGCAGUUGCCCGAGUACAAAAAAAGCCACGACUACGCCAUGCCCACGGCGCAGACAUCGCCCUCCAACGACAAGAUACCAAUUGAGGCCAGCUUUUGUUCUGCACGUGGCCGGACGACCGGUCUUUUUCGUUGGAUUCCCUUCGUUCCGCUGGAUUUUUAGUUACCUGGGUAAGUCGUGUUAUCCGUCUCGAAGUAUCCGACGCAGGACUUGCCACAGCAACCUGAGAUCUGUCAUCAACAAGCCGAACUCCGACUGCAACUGAGACUGCGAAACACCAACCGACCGCCCAUGAUGGCGCAAUCAACGCCCUUCCUUACACCCCUCACACGCCUCGUAGCCGUCCUCCUCCUCCUCGUUACCCCACAAGUUCUCGCCGUGUCAGCCGUCGUCGGCAUCGACCUCGGAACAGAGUACAUCAAGGCGGCGCUCGUGAAGCCGGGUAUCCCGCUCGAGAUUGUCCUGACGAAAGACUCGCGCCGCAAGGAGGUCUCGGCCGUCGUCUUUAAGCCCUCUCCGAAUGGCCCUGCCGAUACUAGUAAGAAGGGAUCCGAUGGCCCUUUCUUCCCCGAGCGCGCGUACGGCUCCGACGCCAUGGCGCUCGCGCCCCGCUUCCCGGGGGAUGUGUAUCCCAACCUGAAAAGUCUGCUGGGCUUGCGCGUGGACAGGGAGGAGGUGCGUGAGUAUGCGAGGCGGCAUCCUGCGCUAAGGGUGGCUGGGCAUCCGGUCAAGGGGACCGCGGCGUUCAGGAGUGGCGGGGCGUUUGGUGAUGAGGAGGAGGCGUGGCUGGUGGAGGAGUUGUUGGCGAUGGAGCUGGCGGCGAUCAGGGGGAAUGCGGAGGCGUUGGCAGGUUCGGGCAGUUCGGUCCGCUCGGCGGUGCUGACGGUGCCUGGGUAUUAUACCGUCGAGGAGAAGCGCGCUGUUCAGUUGGCGGCUGAGCUGGCUGGACUCAAAGUACUCUCCCUGGUUAGCGAUGGGCUGGCGGUUGGGGUGCAUUAUGCGACUAGCAGGCAGUUCCCGAACGUCAAUGACGGGGGGAAGCCCGAAUAUCAUAUGGUGUUUGAUAUGGGCGCCGGGUCGACCAAGGCGACCGUGCUGCGGUUCCAGAGCAGGACGGUCAAGGAUGUGGGCAAGUUCAACAAGACCGUGCAAGAGGUGCAGGUGGUCGGGAGCGGCUGGGACCGGACACUAGGCGGUGAUGCGCUGAACUACCUGAUUGUGGACGACAUGAUCGCGCAGUUCGCUGCGUCGCCCAAGGCGAAGUCGGCCGGUGUGGAGGCGGACGCGGUCAAGGCGCAUGGUCGCACUAUCGCCAAGCUAACCAAGGAGGCCGAGCGCGUGAGGCAUGUGCUCAGCGCCAACCAGAACACCCAGGCCAGCUUUGAGGGGUUGUAUGACGACGUCGACUUCAAGUACAAGAUUUCUCGGGCCGAGUUUGAGGACAUGGCGGUCACCCACGCCGAGCGCGUUCGAGUAGCUGUCCAGAAUGCCCUCACCGCAUCGGGAAUCGAACUCAAGGAUCUUGACUCGGUCAUCCUCCAUGGCGGUGCCUCGCGCACCCCCUUCGUCCAGAAACAACUCGAGAAGGUCUUGGGCGGCGCCGACAAGAUCCGCACCAACGUCAACUCGGACGAGGCUGCCGUAUUUGGCGCAGGGUUCCGGGCUGCCGAGCUCAGCCCCAGCUUCCGCGUCAAGGAGAUCCGCGUCGGCGAAGCUGCCGCGUAUCCGGUCAGCAUGAAGUGGAAGACGGACGAGGGCAAGGAGAAGCAGCAGCGUCUGUGGACCGCCACGUCGUACCUCGGCGCCCCCGCCAAGGAGGUGACUUUUACGAACCGGGAUGAUUUUUCUGUUACUUUCUACCAGGCCGUUCCCGCGCCUAAAUUUGAUACGGGCGCUGUCGACGCCGAGAUCAAGACUCUCACGACCAAGAAUUUGACUACUUCGGUUGCCGAGCUUGUUGAGAAGCACAAGUGCGACAAGGCCGAUAUCAAGCUCAAGAUGAGCGCCCGGCUUGCGAGUGACAAUGGCGAGGUCGAUGUCACCAAGGUCACGAUCGAGUGCGAGGCUGAGACCGCAGAGAAGGAGGGCUUUGUUGAUGGUGUUAAGAAUUUGUUUGGCUUUGGCAAGAAGGAGCAGCAGCCUUUGAAGGAUGGGGAGUCGUCAUCUGAGGAGGCCGAGACGGAGACCUCAUCCUCGACCGUCGAGAGCUCCACAACGUCGACUACUACCAGCUCCGUCCCGGAGGCAUCCGCAUCCGAGUCGGCUGAUGCCAAGGCCGCCAGCAGGAAGACGCAGCUCGUUGUCAUCCCUGUUCAGUUUACCCAGGAGAAGACCGGCGUGCCCCAAUUGUCCAAGGCCGACCUCACAGCCAUCAAGGACCGCCUCAGGGCCUUCGAGGCUUCCGACCGCGCGCGGAGACAGCGGGAGGAGGCCUUGAACCAGCUCGAAGCCUACACCUACAAAGUUCGCGAGCUGAUUGAGAAGGAGGAUUUCAUCGCCCACUCGACCGCUGAGGAGCGGGCCAGCCUCGAGAAGAAGAACAGCGAUGCCAGCGACUGGCUCUACGGCGAUGGCGCCGACGCCACUAAGGAGGAUCUCAAGGCCAAGCUCAAGGAGCUGAAGGCCAUUGUCGACCCCGUGCAGAAGCGCAUCGACGAAGCCUCCAAGCGGCCCGAGCUCGUCAAGAAUCUGCAAGACGCACUAAAGAACACUAAGGAGUUCGUCGCCGACAUCAAGAACAAGAUUGCCGAGCACGAGGCCUUCCUGUCCUCGAAGCCCGCCUCCUCACCUUCCACCGUCGACAGCGGAAAGUCCACCACCACCACAGCCCCUGCCUCUUCCUCCUCAUCAGGAGAUUUUGACGGGUUGGAGGAUGACGACGCCACCACCACCACGACGACCGCCGCACCCACCGCCAUGGAGGACAUCGACAAAGAGCGCGGCCCCGUGCCCCCGCUCUACACCCUCGAGGAUCUUAAGGAGAGCGAGGAGGCGUACGCCUCCAUUUCGGCUUGGCUGGAGGAGAAGCUUGCCGAGCAAGAAAAGCUGGGCACCACCGACGAUCCCGUUUUGUUGGUCAAGGACUUGACCGAGAGGCGAGAGCGGCUGGACAGGGUGGGCAUGGAGCUUGCGAUGAAGGGGGUAAGGAAUUUUGAGAAGAAGAACAAGAGGGAGAAGGAAGAGAACGGGGGAAAGAAGAAGGCUAAGGCAAAGGCGAGCGGGACCAAGACGGCGUCGGGCAAAACUGCGCAGCAGACUAUCAAGCUGCAGCCGGGCGAGGACGGCAAGAUGCCGUCGCAGGAGGAGCUGGAGGAGUUGUUGCGGGAGUUUAUGAAGGAGGGGGAAGGCGGGAAGACAGAGGAGCAGAAGACUGCGGAGAAGAAAAGCGAGGAGCAGCAGCAGCAGCAGCAGCAGCAGCAGCAGCAGCAGGAAAAAAAGGAGGAGGGGCAUGAUGAGCUGUAGGCUGGGUCAUAGGUCGUUCUAUAGACGAGAUGGGGUGCAUUGAUUGGAGUUAUAGGCUGAUAGACAUUGGUUUGUCUUAUGUAAAGAUAUUUCUCAAAGGCGAGUUCCAUCGUUAUUAACUAUUCGCUGUCUGGAAAAUGUAUGGCAAUUUUGAGAGCGUGCCACUGCUCCACUGCAAGACAUAAAUG